UGCGGCAGCCAAUGAUAAACCGCUGUGAGUGCGCACUCCUUUGGCUGACGACGACCAUGGAGCGGAGUGGUGUCCUUUUCGGUGUUCCAAACUUUUAGUGUUUACUUUUAUUUCGGGCAAAACGGAGUGCGCUGCCCUGCGCUGGAAUGGGGGAGAUAGAGGGUUCUUACAGGGUCCUGCAGACCCCUGGCACAAGACUGGGAGCCCAGUUCAGUGCUGGGAUCAGCACUCUGGAGCCGGGCCAGAGCCUCAGUGGCAACAUGGUCAGCGGGAGCAAAAGCUACAGCAAAGGAAUACAGAUCCGUGUGCAGGGGCUGGACGACUCUCAGGAGUUCUUUGAUACGGAUCCAAAGGCUCUUGGACAGACCCUCCUCUCUGAGGUUUUCCACAGAGGCAACCUCAUAGAGAGUGAUUACUUUGGCCUCGAGUUUCAGAACAUGCAGAUGAACUGGGUUUGGCUGGAACCCACAAAACCCAUUGCAAAACAAGUCAGAAGACCAGCAAAUACACUUUUUAGACUGUCAGUGAAAUUCUUCCCUCCUGACCCCGGUCAGCUGCAGGAGGAGUACACCAGGUAUUUAUUCUCCCUGCAGAUGAAGAGGGAUCUGAUGGAGGGCAGGCUGAUCUGCACAGAAAAUACUGGAGCCCUGCUGGCCUCACACCUUGUCCAAUCGGAGAUCGGUGACUACGAUGAUGCUGCAGACAGAGAAUACCUGAGGAUCAACAAGCUGUUGCCUUACCAGGAGAAGGUACAAGAGAGGAUCAUGGAGCUCCACCGCAGACAUCUGGGCCAGACUCCCGCCGAAUCAGAUUUCCAGAUCCUGGAGAUCGCCCGUAAACUGGAAAUGUACGGUGUCCGCUUCCACCCAGCAGCUGACCGCGAAGGCACCAAGAUCAACCUGUCUGUCGCUCACAUGGGCCUCCAGGUGUUUCAGGGCCACACAAAAAUAAAUACCUUUAACUGGUCCAAGAUUCGCAAACUGAGCUUCAAGAGGAAACGGUUCCUGAUCAAGCUUCACCCAGAAGUCCACGGGCCCCACCAGGAUACCCUUGAGUUUCUGAUGGCCAGUCGAGACCAGUGUAAAGUCUUCUGGAAGGUCUGUGUGGAGUACCACUCAUUCUUCCGCCUGUUUGACCAACCACAGCCCAAAUCCAAAGCUAUGCUUUUCACCAGAGGCUCCUCCUUCAGAUACAGUGGAAGAACCCAGAAGCAGCUUGUGGACUACGUCAAGGAAAAUGGAGCAAAGCGAACUCCUUACCAGAGAAGGAACAGUAGAGUAAGAAUGUCAGCUCGAUCCCUCGCCGCCGACGUGCCAAAACAGAGCUUCUCGUUCAACGACAGUCUCAGGUCCCCGGGUCAACCUUCCUCCACUGCCGUGUCCUUCCAGUCAGCACACAUCCCUAGUGUUUUCCCGAGAACAGAACUCCAACCUCAGCACCAGCCUUUGUCCGCACUGAGUCAGUCUCCAGCACCACCUCAGCAGCAGCUUCAGUCCCCUGUGCAAGCUACCAGACCCCCCAGCCCCCCGAAGGAAGAACCCAUCAAGCCUACUUCCCCGUCACCCUACGCUUUUCAAGAUUCAGUGGUGGACAGCCCGCAGCUCUCACCCGUCGCCUCCAAAGGCCCCCUCUGCCUGUCGCACUCCUUCCAGAUGUCGACCCUCAGCCUGCCGGGCCAGGCCCCGUCGCCCCUGCAAAGCCCCAUCCUGAGCGAGGUGGGCAGCAAUGCCAGGCUAGAGGAGGAGGAGGAGGGCAGGAGGAAGCGAUAUCCCACCGAUAAGGCCUAUUUCAUUGCCAAAGAGAUUCUGACCACAGAGCGAACGUACCUGAAGGACCUGGAGGUCAUCACUGUGUGGUUCCGCAGCGCUGUGAUCAAAGAGAACGCCAUGCCCGAAGGCCUGAUGACCCUCCUGUUCUCCAACAUCGACCCCAUCUACGAGUUCCACCGAGGCUUCCUGAAGGAGCUGGACCAGAGGCUGGCUCUCUGGGAGGGGCGCUCGAAUGCUCAUGUCAAAGGUGACUACCAGAGGAUUGGUGACGUGAUGCUGAAGAACAUGUGCGCUCUUAAGGAAUUCACCAGUUACCUACAAAAACACGAUGAAGUGUUAACAGAGCUAGAGAAGGCCUCCAAGAGGCUGAAGAAGCUGGAGACGGUCUACAAAGAGUUUGAACUCCAAAAGGUCUGCUACCUGCCCCUCAACACAUUCCUGCUCAAGCCCAUCCAGCGCCUCAUGCACUACAAGCUAAUCCUGGAGAGACUGUGCAAGCAUUAUUCCCCUGCCCACCGUGAUUAUGACGACUGCAAGGAGGCUCUGAAGGAAGUGGCAGAGAUAGCUGCCCAGCUGCAAAGCAGUCUCAUCCGGCUGGAGAAUUUCCAGAAGCUCACAGAGCUGCAGAGAGACCUGAUCGGCAUUGAGAACUUGACUGCACCAGGCAGGGAGUUCAUUCGAGAGGGGUGCUUGUACAAGCUCACCAAGAAGGGGCUGCAGCAGAGGAUGUUUUUCCUGUUCUCCGACAUGCUGCUCUACACAAGCAAAGGUGUUACAGCAACCAAUCAGUUCAAAGUGCACGGACAGCUGCCCCUUCACGGCAUGAUACUCAUAGUGUUGGACACGCCGGUGGAGGAAAGUGAAAAUGAAUGGUCAGUCCCCCACUGUUUCACCAUUUACUCUGCUCAGAGGACCAUUGUAGUGGCUGCCAGCUCUAAAGUGGAGAUGGGGAAGUGGAUUGAGGACCUGAACUUGGCCAUCGACAUGGCCAAGAAGUCUCAAGAGAAAUCCAGCGUCUUCCUUGAUGCUGGACUCAGCGACCGCUCCAACCGAUCGUCCGAUGAGGUUUCUCUGGAGCAGGAGUCGGAGGAUGACAUGAACUCCUCCCGUACUUCACUGGAGAAGCAGACGCACCACCGUGCCAACACAACCAUGCAUGUGUGCUGGCAUCGCAACACCAGUGUGUCUAUGUCUGAUCACAGCCUGGCUGUGGAGAACCAGCUGUCGGGUUACCUCCUGAGGAAGUUCAAGAACAGUAACGGCUGGCAGAAACUCUGGGUCGUGUUCACCAACUUCUGCUUGUUCUUCUAUAAAACUCACCAGGAUGACUUCCCGCUGGCGAGCCUUCCGCUGCUUGGCUACACGGUCAGCACGCCCGACGAGUCGGACAGCAUCCACAAGGAGUACGUCUUCAAACUCCAGUUCAAGUCUCACGUUUACUUUUUCCGAGCAGAGAGCGAGUACACCUUUGAGCGAUGGAUGGAGGUGAUCAAAAGUGCAGCCAGCACUACAGGCAGGAUAAGCCUGCUCAUACCUAAAGGUGGUCUGCUGGAGAUCAAUGGGAACUGAAAUGAGCGUCGUGUGUCUGGAGGCUGGGCCUCGGGCCAUCAGAGACUCCUCAGUGACAUUUCUGUGUGAAAAUUAACGACUGAAGGAAGCUGCCAGUUUUAACUGUUAACAUGUUGAUUCUAAUGCUCCGUGCAUUUUUCUUGAUUAAUGAUGUAAAUGGUAACAUUUGUCCCAGUAUACAGGAUAUAAUGAAAGGGAGAGGUGUACAUUAUGAUUUUAUUUUUUUGCAUGUGUUGUGCUCAGUUUGUUCAUAGACUGAUGGGAGAUGCUGUUUUAUGGGACCAACACAAAGGGCUUAACUUUUUUUGAAGGCUGAAGCUUUACUGGGUGCAGUGUUGUACUGUGACUGACUGGGAUACAGAUGAAAUACAGUAUGUGGGAAAUGAAGGGACUGCAGAUUGCACGUUCUCUUAACUGUACUUUGAAAGAGCUGAGGGCAUUAGUGAGAGAGAGGUGAGGGGGGGAGUUAAUGAAUGUUGAAGCAAGUGGGAGACUCAAAGUUUUGGGAAGUUUUCAGGAAUUCAUGUUGCUGUGAGGAAAGGUGAUUGGUGUGAGCAAUAUUGAUUUCUCCGCUGUGAGGCCAGGCUGCUUGAUGUGCCCCUCAGUGGGAGGAUGCAACCAGUGUCUGAGAGUUUGUAAAGGGUAGCUGCUGUUUUACGCUCCUGGUUAGGUAGGCAGCAUUGAGGUCAGUUUGGUGCUACAUUUCUCUUUUAAUAUCACAUGUAUCCUGUUUAUAUAUUGCAUAGGGAUAACUACUCGAAGACGUGCUGUGCAGCGAUUCUUUUUUUUUUUUUUUCUCUAGUGUUUACUCUGUAAAAUUUGCAGAUUUUCCCUCUAAAAACUGAGAACAUAUUUUGAAGGAAUCGUUUGUGCCCAUGACUCUCGUGUAUCUGACGCUUUCACAAACGGGAGCUGCACAGAUGAAGUAAUUUAGUGUUUUACAUGAAACCAUGGUAUUAUUUGGUAUAUGUAUUUUUAUGAUGACUGGAAUCUUUACCUUCUGUGCGUGAUGUGUGAUUAUGUGUGUGCGUGUUUGUGCAGAGAAGCCAACCUUGUCGCCCUACCUGCACCUCUCCCCACCUCUGGAGCUUAAAGAGAAAGUGAUGAUGGAGGUAAUCUCCAAACCAUCAGGUGUUCUGUGUGUAAGAGGCCGACACAGUUAGCAUCCAGUAUGUUCCUCCUAUUUAUUGUUUAGAGUGCGAUCAGGGCGAGGCUCCUGAGUGCCCUCAUGUAGUCUUCAUGUUAUUCCAUUGAAAGCCUAACAAAUAAAGCAUCAUUUGAA